UGAAGAGAGCGAAGCUAAGUGUAGACAAGUCUAUUUAACAGUUUGAGGGUUAUGAAUGGCAUCGAGCCAAUUGAGUUAACAGCUCAGCAGAAACGUGACGGUCUCAUACUAGAAGAAUUCAGGUAGUAAGCACACUUGGGUUUCAUCAAUCCCAAACGAAGCUCAAAGAUCAGACAUCACCCGUUAUAGCCGAUCAACCAUAUUUAUCGCCGCCCGCCGCGACGAUAAAAACCAUAAAUUCUGGUAACAGACCUGAACGUUUUCUUUCGUCUAAUUCUUCGUUAACUUAUACUAGAAGAACGCUAGUAUGGAAAAUGGAGAUCAAACUGCUGAUGUUGGAACUUGGUACUCUAAUUUGGCCCAUGGUCAAUGGGUGAAACUUCCUGUUGCCGGUCGUCGACCCCCGGGUCGUUACGAGCAUGCUGCAGCUGUUGUUGGGCAGAAACUCUACAUUUCUGGUGGUAGUCGUAAUGGUCGCCACUUAUCGGAUAUUCAGGUUUUAGAUUUUACAAACUUCACAUGGUCGUCAAUGAAGCUACCGAAUGCCUUGACUGCAGCUCAAUCUGAAAAUGAUACCUUGGUACAACACUUCCCAGCCACAUCAGGUCACCAUAUGAUUGUGUGGGGACAAAAACUGCUGCUUCUUGAUGGGCAUUCUAAGAAUUCUAGUUAUGUCACAGUGCGAUAUUUGGAUCUAGAGACGCAGCAAUGUGGUGUUAUGGAGACUAUCGGAGAGCUUCCGGUUGCUCGUGCUGGAGAGUCUGUGACACUGGUUGGCUUUAAAUUGAUAAUGUUUGGUGGGGAAGAUACUCACCGUAAGCUUCUGAAUAGUAUACAUAUUCUUGACCUCGAUACAAUGAGUUGGAAUGAAGUUGAGGCUACGCAGAACCCACCUUCUCCAAGAUAUGAUCACGUAGCUGCUGUACAUGCUGAACGUUACCUUCUAGUAUUUGGUGGCUGUUCUCAUUCUACUUGCUUCAAUGACUUGUAUGUGCUAGACUUAGAAACAAUGGAGUGGUCUCAACCUGAGACCCGGGGUGAUUACGUCUCUCCCAGAGCUGGACAUUCUGGUAUUACCGUCAAUGGGAACUGGUACAUAGUUGGUGGAGGAGAUAAUAAGAAUGGAGCCCUGGAUACACUAAUCUUAGAUAUGACCAAACUUGUUUGGUCUGUGGUGACUACGGUUAAUCCAAGAGAUCCACUUGCCAGUGAGGGAAUCAGCAUCUGCGUAGCUCUCAUUCGCGGGGAUCAAUAUUUAGUUGCAUUUGGUGGAUAUAAUGGAAAUUAUAACAAUGAGGUACUUGUUAUGAAACCUAAAUUGAAGGACUCUGCACGUCCUAAGAUGUACUUAUCACCUGCUGCAGCUGCUGCAGCAGCAUCUGUGACCGCAGCUUAUUCUUAUAGUUCAGGGAAGCAGUUGGAUUUCACAAGGAUAGAGGACACUACAGCUGAGGGUGCCAGCCAAAAGCAGGAUGGUUUUGCUGGUACGACUAGCACCAAAGAUUCUAAAAGACUGUUGGAAUUGUCACUUGCUGAAGUUAGAGAAGAAAAUUCUAUGCUGAAAGGAAAGGUUGAUGAAAUCAACAAUAACCAUGAAGAGUUAUCGAAGGAACUUUCUUCUGUCCAAGGGCAACUGAUAUCAGAGAGAUCAAGAUGCUUUAAGUUGGAGGCACAGAUAGCAGAAUUACAAAGUAUGCUAGAAGCACUACCUUCCGUAGAGGCUGAAGUGCAAUCACUAAGAAAGGAGAAAUUCACUAUUUAGCAGGGUUGACCAUGAUACAACAGUACAGAGACUGGGUUCGCUGGGUGUUUGGCGAUGGUUCUCUGGUGAAAGCACUCCCUGAGAGUUCAAAGCCUGUAGCCAAUAUACUAACCCCAUUUUGUAUUGGGGUUGGUAUAUUACAGUUUUGGUAGCUUUUCCUUGUGGAAUUCCAAGUCGUUGAUCUUAUUUCUAGGCAGUGACUAUAUAUACGACUUUAGCUGAAAGUUUGGUAUUUGAUACCUGCGUUCAUUAUACUUGGUGUUACUUCCAUAGUUACUUUAUAUACUGUUUGGGUGUAGAUUUCUCUUUCUAGUACCUCUUGUUAUAAAUGUAUUUUUAUUUUUUUGAAAAACUUUAUUGUCAAUAGACAUGUAACGCUAGUUCAUCCCCAAAUUAAUAACACAUGUGUGCAGAGAAUUUUUCGUUGA